UUGAAAGGUCGUAGGUUGAGCACGUUGUCGCCGGAAUAGAGAUGAAUGAACUUUGGGACAAAAAAAAUACCAUAUAAUUUUGGAUUUUACCCGAAUUUGUGUUAUACUGUGGACAGGCAAAAUAUUAAGCUCCGAAGCCUGAAGUGGAAAGGGCUUAUAAGCAAAUUCAAGAUCGGAGAGUACAGUUUAUCUCACUUCUGUGGAAUCUGGAGCAAGUGACACCAGGAGGAUAUGGCAGGGAUCCUGUUUGAGGACAUUUUUGACGUUAAAGACAUCGACCCCGAUGGAAAGAAGUUUGACAGAGUGUCUCGUCUGCACUGCGAGAGUGAGUCUUUCAAGAUGGACCUCAUUCUUGACGUCAACAUUCAGAUCUAUCCUGUAGACCUGGGAGACAAAUUCAGACUGGUGAUUGCAAGCACCUUGUAUGAAGAUGGCACUCCAGACGAUGGGGAGUACAAUCCUCAGGAUGACCGGCCAUCCAGAGCGGACCAGUUUGAUUAUGUGAUGUACGGCAAAGUGUACAAGAUCGAGGGAGAUGAGACGUCCACGGAGGCUGCUACACGUCUCUCUGCCUAUGUGUCGUAUGGAGGCUUGCUGAUGCGACUACAGGGAGAUGCCAACAAUCUGCAUGGUUUUGAGGUGGACUCGCGGGUCUACCUGCUCAUGAAGAAACUAGCCUUCUAAUCACUGUCCUCAGUACAGUUUCCUCACAUCAGCCUCCUUUAUACUCCUAAGACUGGGUUCAGACAAUGUCUGAACUCAGUUUACCGUGCUUGAGGAAUGGAUGAGUGGAAUGUUUGUCAGCUGCAAUAAGUGUUCAAGAAAGACACAGAUAGCUGUCAGAUGUAACUGAAGAGCAGUGGGCUGUUUAAUGUGCUAGAUUAUGUAAAUAAAGAUGUGCUGUUUUUUAUAU